AUCCUAUGACAGAAGAGCAAAGACAACAAGAGUACAACAAGAGACAACCUUUUGACACUUCCAAAGUUGUAAAGACAGAUGAAUGCAAGCCAAAAGCAGCUCCAAGGAAGAAACGCCAAGAUAAUAAACCAUCAGCUCCUAAAAAUCUGACCACCUCUGAUAUCACUUCUGAAUCAUGUCACCUUCAUUGGCAAAAACCUGACCAUGAGAAUGGUAGCCCUAUCACAAAGUACAUUGUUCAGAUAUGUAAAAGUGGUGAAAAAGACUGGAAGGAAGCUGGUUCAAGUACUACCACUGACACUGUUGUACAUGGAUUACAAAGACGGACACAAUAUCUUUUUCGAGUAGCAGCAGAAAACGAAGUUGGCAUAGGAGCAUUUGGGGAACUUUCAGCACAUAAAACUACAGAGGAUAGCUCAGAAUGGGAAUAUCAUGAUGAAAAUACAGCCAAAGCGAAAUGUGGUGAUUCUAUAGUGUUGAAAGUACCCUUCAAAGGUGCAAAACCAAGUGUUUCCUUAUUGCACAAUGAUGGUCCAGUCCAAAAUAUGACAAGAGUAAAAGCAGAAAUAAUAGACAGUUGUGUAUGCUGUCGUCUUCAGGAGGUUGACCUGGCAGAUCAAGGGGAAUACACUUUAACAGUGGAAAAUGACACAGGAAGAGGAACUGUAGUUGCAAAUCUUAUUGUUCUAGAAAGGCUGCCAGCUCCACAGAAUCUCACUGCUAAUUGGACCACACCAGUGUCAUGUCAAGUUAACUGGCAGGAACCAGUAGAUUUAGUUGGAAGCAAAAUAAAGGUGUACGUUGUCGAGAUGUAUUUGAAAGAAGGAAAACAUUAUUCGACACCUAAUUCCUACCAGUGUGAUACAACUUUCUUAAAUAUAAAAGAUUUAGACAGCAACAAUCAGUACCUGUUUCGUGUAGCUGCAAAAAAUGAAGUCGGCAUCGGAGAAUUUACAGCUUUGCAGGGAUUGAAAACUGUAAAGAAUAUUGAUGGGAACGAGGACAGCCAGCUUUUCAUUCCUGUGAGAGUGCACAUAGGAGGUGAAAAUGAAUGCAUCGAUGCAGUCUUCAAAUCUAGCAGUGAAUACUUGAAAUGGAUGUUUGUAAUUCAAAAUAAUGAGGCAGCAAAACAGCUGAGUAGCCCAGAAACAAAACAGCCGAGUAGAUCAGAAGUUGUAGUAGAAAAUGGAGAAAUAGCUGUUACAUUGAGUCACAAAUCAGACAGAAAACAAAAAGUGGAAGCUGUUAAUGAUUGCCUUCAAACGUCGAUAAACAAGCUAACUGAUAUACUUGUUGCUUGUUUUGAAGGGAAUGGAAAUGAGAGUAAAAUUUCUGAAAUUAUUGAGCAGUCAGAAUUGGUGAAAGAACAUAACCUCUACAUUCAUUUUGACAAAAGAUUGCAAAAGAUCUACUUAGUCUGCUUUGUGAACUUGGUAGAACAUGUGGAUAAAGAAUUCAGACAGGCAUUGGUAAAGGUAAAGUCAGACUUCAAAGGACACUUUGGGAUUGAUUUGGAAUAUCAGUAUGAGAGUAAAAUAUCUUUUAGCAAUGUUGAGGAGGCGAUAACAAGCAAAUUUCCUGAAGUACAUUUUGAAUACACAGCAGACUACAGGAAAAGAUCUUGCAUUUGUUAUUUGCAGGGUCAAAGCAUUGUAGAACUAGAAAAAGCCAAACAAUUUGUUCAGCAGGAGGUAGGAAGAUUUACCUAUAACAGUUUUUCUUUUUCUGAAAUCAAAAACAUACAUGCUAUUGAUGAUGAGCUGGCUGUUGAAUAUCUGAAUAUGGAGAUAAAAGGUAUGUGUGAAGCAUCUUCUUUUGAAGGUUUGCACAUUGAAGUGGACAGUGAAGAAAAGCGAGUAGUUAUUGCAGGCUGCAAGCAAACAGAUGUUGACAAUCUUGCCAGUAAGGUAAAGUCAUGCAUUUCACACAAAAGUUUCCAGCUCCAGGCUUCAGAAAAAAGCCAAAAAGAGUUUUUGUCAAAUAUGGUUUCAAAAUUCCAUGGCAGAAUAUUCGGGUCUUUCAGAGAAGGGAAUUGUCAUUGCUAUGGCAGUUCAGAGGUCAUGAAAAUGAUUCAGGAGCAUAUUGCAAAGCAAGAAGGUGAAAAAAAGAAUCCUUGCAAGGAAAUAUUAGAUGAAGUUAGCAGUGAUCUAAAAAUGCAAACAAAGAUAAAUAGAUUUGCUGUUAUAAAAAAGUUUGACACUUUUCACUUCAUCAAGGACAAAGUGGACAUGGAGGACUUGAAAUUAGGUAGUGAUGUUUCAGUUAUUAUUAAAGAGACCUCAGAUAAAUUUGGGUUUCUGAUUCAGGGAACAGAGGAAUCUAUCGUUAAUUUAGAAAAUACAAUACAUAUCGUAGAAAGUCAGGUACAGGAAAAGGAAAUGAGCGUAAAAGUAUUGAAUGGUCAGAUGGAAAUUUAUGAGGCUUGUACUAGAGAAAUAGAAAGAGAUUGUAAUGUGUUGAUAAAGAAAUUGCAGGAAACUGAUUUUCCAUGUGAAAGUGUCCCUCAAAGGAAGCAGUGGGCUUUUGUAGGAGGUCAAACACUGAUAAUUUCAUGUGAUUCUGCACAAAAACAAUGGAAAGAUCUUUUUGUAGAAUUGAAACAAGUCAGACAAAUUGACAAAGAACUAAAGCCUCAGUUAAAGAAGAAUGGAAACAGAAAGGUCACAGAAUUGUUUAUUCCAACAUACAGUAAAGAUGAAGAUGCUGGAAAACAGAAACAUUUCUUGCAAGACUCGACUGAAAAGGUUCUGAAACAAGCUUUACACUGCCAAUGUACACAUAUCUGCAUUCCUGUUGAGGAAUUAUAUGGAUGGCCUUUGGAGAAAUUUGUGAAACAAAUUUUUCAUGUUGUCAUUGAGCAGUUCAAGCAUAUUUCCAAUAAACUGCCAAUGGUCAUUGAGUUGUGCUUGCCAAAGAAAGAAGACUUUAUGGAAUGUUGUGAUAUUGCUGCUAAUGCCAUGCCGGAAACUGUUUCUGAAUUAUCAGAUGACAGUGAGACAGAUGAAGGUGUUCACAGUGAUGGUAAAGGGAUAAGUGUUGUUAUAGAAAAUGGAAAAUUGGAUGAAACUGAG